GACGUGCCGCUUAGGGUAGCAAACCGGACGUGCCACUUACAGUGCUGGCUGGUGCUUUUUAUUUUUUUUAUUUACUAGGGAACACUGUUUCUCCGCGGGAGAGCCCGGGAGCGCGCGCAGGAGGCGCGCGCUCGUGUACACACACACACACACACACACACACACACACACACACACACACGCUGGCGCGCUCGUCUUCACAGCCGCAGCCCCAAACCCGCAGAGAGAAGCUACUGCAUUUUCUCUUAACCCCAGGAUCGUGGGGCGAAGCAGAGCCAUUGUGCAUCAGGGAGAACCUGGUGCCUGCGCUGCCGCCUCGGGUACAAAACCAAGCAGACCGCUCACCCCAUCGGCUGGAAUGCUUGCUGAUUCCUCUGCAAACUUCUAAGACUGAGACACUGAGGAGCCCAGCUAGAGAAUGCCGUCCGAACGCUGCCUCAGUAUUCAAGAAAUGCUGACAGGCCAGAGGCUCUGCCACUCAGAAUCUCACAAUGACAGCGUCCUGGCAGCCUUGAAUCAACAGAGAAGUGAUGGCAUCCUCUGCGAUGUCACCUUGAUUGCUGAGGAACAGAAAUUCCAUGCUCAUAAGGCAGUCCUAGCAGCAUGCAGUGACUACUUCCGGGCAAUGUUCAGUCUCUGUAUGGUGGAAAGUGGAGCUGACGAGGUGAAUUUACACGGUGUGACCAGCCUUGGUUUGAAACAGGCUCUGGAGUUUGCAUACACAGGACAGAUUUUGUUGGAGCCAGGAGUGAUCCAGGACGUCUUAGCAGCUGGCAGUCACCUACAGCUGUUGGAGCUUCUCAACUUAUGUUCCCACUAUCUCAUUCAGGAAUUAAAUAGCUUUAAUUACUUGGAUCUGUACAGAAUUGCUGACCUCUUUAACCUCACUUUGUUGGAGAAGGCAGUGAUCGAUUUCUUAGUGAAACAUCUCUCUGAACUCCUGAAGAGCCGACCAGAAGACGUUCUAACACUUCCUUAUUGCCUGCUUCAGGAGGUCCUGAAGAGCGACCGCCUUACUUCCCUGAGCGAAGAGCAGAUCUGGAAGCUAGCUGUGAGGUGGUUGGAACACAACUGCCAUUACCAGUACAUGGAUGAACUCCUGCAGUACAUCCGCUUUGGCCUAAUGGACGUGGAUACCCUCCAUACAGUUGCCCUGUCCCACCCGCUUGUCCAGGCAAGUGAGACCGCAACAGCCCUGGUCAACGAGGCCCUGGAAUAUCACCAGAGCAUCUAUGCACAGCCUGUCUGGCAGACCCGCAGGACCAAACCACGCUUCCAAUCAGAUACUCUGUAUAUCAUUGGUGGGAAAAAACGUGAGGUCUGUAAAGUCAAGGAACUUCGGUACUUUAAUCCUGUUGAUCAGGAGAAUGCUCUUAUAACUGCCAUUGCCAACUGGAGUGAACUGGCUCCCAUGCCUGUGGGAAGGAGCCACCACUGUGUGGCAGUCAUGGGGGACUUUCUUUUUGUAGCAGGAGGGGAAGUGGAGCACGCCAGUGGCCGGACAUGUGCUGUGAGGACUGCCUGUCGCUAUGACCCCCGCAGUAAUUCCUGGGCAGAGAUAGCAUCCAUGAAAAACUGCCGGGAGCAUUUUGUGUUGGGAGCCAUGGAUGAAUACCUCUAUGCAGUUGGGGGCAGAAAUGAACUGCGUCAGGUUCUGCCUACAGUUGAGCGAUACUGCCCCAAGAAGAACAAAUGGACUUUUGUGCAGUCCUUUGAUCGAUCUCUUUCAUGUCAUGCUGGAUAUGUGGCUGAUGGUCUUCUUUGGAUAUCAGGUGGAGUAACUAACACGGCACAAUAUCAGAACAGACUAAUGGUAUAUGAACCUAACCAGAAUAAGUGGAUAAGCCGCAGCCCCAUGCUACAGAGAAGGGUCUACCACUCCAUGGCUGCUGUCCAAAGGAAGCUUUAUGUUCUUGGAGGCAAUGACCUAGACUACAAUAAUGACCGGAUCCUUGUGCGACAUAUAGAUUCUUAUAACAUUGACACUGACCAGUGGACACGUUGUAAUUUUAACCUGUUAACUGGACAGAAUGAAUCUGGAGUUGCUGUCCAUAAUGGGAGAAUAUAUUUAGUUGGUGGAUAUUCAAUUUGGACAAAUGAGCCCCUGGCUUGUAUCCAGGUAUUGGAUGUAAGCAGAGAAGGCAAAGAAGAAGUGUUCUAUGGGCCUACACUCCCAUUUGCUUCCAAUGGAAUAGCAGCAUGCUUCCUUCCAGCCCCAUAUUUCACAUGCCCUAACCUUCAAACUCUUCAAGUGCCUCAUCACAGGAUUGGCACCAUCUGAAAGCCAAUGCUCUGUUAAUAACCAUCAUGACCAGGCAGAAAAACAAAGGGUGACUUUGGGAUACUGGGCAUGAAAAGCCUCAGAGCUUAAUGCUUCCUUGUCGUUUUACAGAUCUUAUAUUCACAUCAAUAUCAGCAAAAAAUGAACAGUUUUCUAAAAUACAUUAUUGAAAACUCCUGUCACUCUUCUAAGUGUAUGUGAACAUACAAUACAAUAUGUAUUGACUUUUACUGUGGUGUAGCUUAGUGUCAACUUAAUGGUACGUUACUGUUCCGUGGGUCUUUAAAGCAUUCUUUGUAUACUUUUUCUAAUCAGUACUGUCUAGGACAACAUGACACUGUUGGUAAGGCAAUUAAUUUCACACAACAGCAUCAAUGAUAUUAAAAUCCUCUACACUUACUCCCUUUACUACUUAAACAUGGGCUUAUAAUUCUUUUUAAAGUUUAACAUUAUGCUGCCCUGCUCAGUAGAGAUUCAGGAUUAUGACAUCAUAAAUUUUUAAGUGCCAUAUUUUAUUCAGGGUGAUACAAAUAAUAGAAGUACACUGGAACAGCAAUUGGAAUAUCCCAAAUUUUUGCCUUGGUUACUCUGACCUUGAGCUAGAACUUACAGUAUUGCAGUCUUCCUACAUUUUAAGAAGGAUCAUUACUGAUUUCCAUAUUAAUUCAAAACAAUGUUUUGAGGAUUAGGUAAAUAAUCUGAAGUACUUCCCCUAAGAAAAAAAUGUUACUUAAAUUAUAAGGCAUUUAAACCAGAUUAUUUUUAAGUUUAGAAAUUACUAGGUAGAAUUUGGAAAACAUGCUAUGGAAUAAAUGAUUCUGAAAAGCAUGUGAAAGAGACAUACACCUUUUCUAACUAGGAAAAAGAGCAUUUACCAAUACCAAAGAUAUCUACAUUUAUAAAAUCCUUGCUCAAAUAACUCUCUUAAAAGUCUCAUUUUAAAUCACUUAGUGAAAAAUGACAUUUUAAAGCUAAAAAAAAAUUAGUUGUACUAAUUAUGGUACCAUAAAGUGCUUUGACAUAAAUUUGAACCUAGAAUUGGCAGUUCUAAUAAAAGUUUUCCACUUUGUUAAAGGUUAUGUCAAUCUUGAGGACUUGUGGGAUUCUUCACCACCACUGAUACAUAUUUUAUUAUGCCCACUUUUAAUAAUGCAUAAGAAUUCAUUUUUAGGCUAGGUUUUUGGGUUUGCUUUGUCUAUGACAAAAAAAUAAAUAAAACAAUAAUCACAUUUGAACAUAAAUUCAACAAGUGUGAGUUUCUUUUUUCCUAAUCUCUCCAGGAUUUAAUGUCAUCUAUAUUAAAAGGAAGUCUUUACUCUGACCUUUUUCCAUCAGCACUUUAAUCAUUCAGCAAUCCCUCACUUAUAGAAAAAUGUCAUUUUAUUCAUGUAACCAUAUUUAGUAAUCAAAGUGAAUGAGAAAUAUCUAUUUAUCUUAAAUAUAGAAUCUGCUGACUUUAUACACUGUAAUAAAGUACCUAAAACACUAUUUUAAAAAAUACACAUGAUUUCUGGUUAUUCAAAAAUUAAAAGAGAGGUGGAGAUAAGGAAAAAAGGUAAAAUUUUAAAAGGUAAUUUUAAAAUUUAGUUCAGAUAAACAAAAACCCCAUUUGACAAUCUGGACAGUUAUGAACAGUGAAAAAAUUGAUACUGGUUACUGAUAUUUACAAUGUUGAUAACUUCUUUAAAAUGUAUAUAAACACCCCAAAUUAAAAUUUUAAAUUGUUUUACCAAGUCAGGAAAUGGACUCUAGGAUUUAGGAAAUGUUUCAACAAGGAUCUACACAAGAAGUAUUUCAGGUUUACUAAAUUUUCUCCUUAAAACACAAAUUUUUCCUCCAGCAGUUUAACCUUAUGAACCCAUUAAAAUCUACUUGUAGUCCGAGAUUCUACAUCCAGGGAGUGAAAGUGAAAUGGCCUAAAAAUAAACUUGUCUGAGUGAUAAUGGAAAUGUAGCCUUAGACUACCCUUGAUUAUUUCUGAACAGGUUUCUAACUGCUCAAAUAAAACAAAUCAGCAUAUAUUAUCAAGUUCUCCUUGGUGAUCUUUAUAAUGUAUUAUUUACUAAUAUAAUCCAGUGUUGAAGUCAGAAUUUUUAAAAGUUUUGCAUAGAGUUUAAUGCAUCUUUUACAGCUACAGACAAACAGUAGCAUCAAAAGUAGACUAUUUCUUUCCUAAAGAGAAAAAACCCAGAUUGCUUGGAACUAGACCCUUUUACUCAAAAUUAUUAAUUAGAAAAAAAAUUCUAUAAAACCAUGUUUGGCCAUAUAAGCCAAAUUCCAUUAAACUGUUCAAAUAUAGUAUUUUCUAUUUAAGUAUGCUGAUUUAUCUUCCAUUUUGAGUCUUCAAAAUUAAAGGCAAUUACAUUGCAUUUUAAUUUCUACAGAAAACCAUAAGGCUUCCAACCAUUUAAACAACAUCUAGAGAUUUUAGUUUAAAAAAGGAAACGAAAAGUAGUACCACACAGAUCUUAGCAGAAUAUUCUCACUGUUCAAGGAAAAGUGAGCAAAGACAUAACUCUCUAAAAUAAUGUAAAAGUUAAAAAGGAAUAACAUUCACAAAAUGCCCUUUAGGUUAUGACGAGGGUACUUUUCAUACCUUUCUUCCAUAUUUUCUUCACACCUAUGUACAUGUUUAUUGUACCCACUUCAGUCUCUGCAAUAGCUAAAACAUUUUUACUGUUUUACCACAGAGUAUAAAAGCAACAAAUUAUAUCUCUAGUAACAUGACUCAUUUUUAUUUUGGUUUUUGAACAGUGAAUCUGUUAUAAAAAGGAAGGAAGUUGAAUAAUCAUGGGAAAAUUUAAGUUAAAUAUAUAGAUUUUAUACAAACACAUAACUUAAAUCUUUAUUAUAGGCACAAAUAGCUUAUAACUCUGCAUAUAAAAUAAGAAUGUCCAUUUUUUUCUAAAAGCACAAUUCACAAAUGCAAUAAACUGGAUAAAUAUCAGCACACCAAACAUAGUAGUAAGUAGAAAUUGGUCAAUUACAAUCUGAUUUUGGUAACUUACCAUACGGGUUAUCACAGAGUGAAAAUACAACUCUAAUUAAAUAUGUGAAAGAAUAUGUUAUUUUGCUAGCUUCCCAAACCAACUGUUCUAACCAAAUAAAGCAUGUUAUUAUAUUGGUAUACUACACUCUUACCUAACAAGGCAAGAGAUCAGUUUUAGGAGGAUGUAGGUUUUUGUAAAAAUCUAUCAAAAAUUGGUGGCUUAAUAUAGACAAUUCAACUUUUGGUCAGGUUUCUAUAUUUUACCUUUGAUCUUUGAAAUAUGAGCACUAUGACAGUAUGUAGGAUUUAGGGACAGCAGAUUUCCAAAAGGGAUUCUCAAAUACAAAAUCUGGUAAAGAUUUUGUAAGUACAUGGAAACAGGCCCAUGUAAUUUUUUAUGAAUAAAGCUUUGAAAACCUGUAAGAAAGUAUGGAAGAACAAUGGGUAAUAAAAUUCACAAACAGUUUAAGAGCAACAAAUAAUUUCUUAAACAGACAUUGAUGUGGAAAAAGUCAAAUACAGUCAUAGAUCAUAUAACAGGGAUACAUUCUGAGAUAUGCCUUAUUAGGUAAACAUCAGAGUACCGACAUAAACCUAGAUGGUACAAAUCAGUUACUGGAUGUGGCCUCCUGAUUCAGUCAAGAGAUGUGGCAAACAAGAUAUGUACAAGGCUGCUGCCAGUGUAAUAUGGCACCCUGUUUUAUAGGAAACUUCUUUUUAUAAGUAUAUUCUAAAAGAAUGAUUAAAAAGUAUAGUAUAGUAAAUAACAGAUCAGCAACUGUCAUUUAUCAUUAUCAAGUAUUAUAUCCUGUACAUAACUGUAUGUGUUUUACUUUUAUGAGUGGCAGUAAUGUAGGUUGGUUUACACCAGCAUCACGACAAACAAGGAAGUCAUGUGUUGUGCUGUGAUGACACAGUGGCUCUGUCACUAGGCCACAGGACAUUUUUAGCUCCCUUAUAAUCUUAUGGGAUCACUUUGGUACAUGUGGCCCAACACUGACUGACAUGUUAUGAAGCACAUGACUGUAUACUUAAGAAGAAAUAUAGGUAAAGACAUACAAGUUUUAAACUAUGAAAUUCUUCUAAUGCAAAUGAGCUCAACACUGAAUGAUUUUUGCAGAGACAAACCUUCAUGUUUUUUUUUUCCUCCCCCAUGGAAACCUUCUAAUUAAAUGUUAAUUAAAUUGAAAUUUAAAUCAUAAGCAACUCUUAAUGUCUAAGCAACUCUUAAUGUCAUCACUCUAUUGCCCUUCAAUCAUCUUUUACACCCCAUUUGGUAUUUUAUAGAUAUUAUUUGACGAGAAUGCUCACAAAUCCAAAAUGUAUAUUUUUUCUUCAUGUUUAAAUGUCCUGAGUUUUUGCAUAAAUGAAAUGUAUUUCAUUUUAAUUUUUUAUAUAAAGGAUGGUAUUCCCA